UCCCUGUUCUUAGGGCGGAAGAGCUCCCGUGGGGCGUCUGCUUCCUCGCUGCAGCUCCUUUCUCUCUGUCUUCCGGGGUUGCCAUGGCGUCAAGGUUACUCCGGGUAUGCGGUGCUCUCCGAGGCCUCAGCGCAGGCCGAGGUUCCCUCGGUCGAGCCCCCCUUGGGCCUCUGCGCCUGGCGGGGGCUUCUCGCUCUAUGAGCGUUGGAGGUAUCCCUACUGAUGAAGAGCAGGCCACAGGACUGGAGAGGAAAGUAAUGGAGGCUUUGGAGAAGGGCUUGGACCCCUACAGUGUUCUCCCGCCCAAAAGGUAUGCUGGGACCAAGGAAGACCCACACAUCGUCCCCUCAGUCACGGACAAGAGGAUCGUGGGCUGUAUCUGUGAAGAAGACAACAGCACAGUGAUCUGGUUCUGGGUGCACAAGGGAGAGGUUCACCGCUGCCCCUCCUGUGGGGCCCAUUACAAGCUGGUUCCCCACCAACUACCAUGAUGUGGCUCCCAAGAGUUCUCCCUUAUAUGGUUUCUGGGCUCCAAGGCUGAGUGAGCAGCCCUUUAAUUCACUAUGUAUUGCAUUCCUUUCAAGCCAAUAAAGUUGUUGUCUCUU